GGUAGAAAGUCCAAUAUGGAUCUCACUGGGAUAACAUCAAGGUGUCAUCUAGGCUGUGUUCCAAAAUCCGCCUCUUGCCUAUUCUAUCUUCUGGAGGCCACUUCCUUCCAUCUUUAAGGCCAGCAAGAGCCAGUUGAGUCCUCAUCAACAGCUCUCAGACCGCAGCCGGGGAAAGUUCACCACCUUUGGAGAAUGGACCCAUCAGGAUAAUCCCCUCAUCUCACGGUUCUUAACCUUAAAUCCACGAAAUCCCUCUGGCCAUAAGAUGUCACAUAUUGACAAGUUCUAAUGAGUAGGACGUGGACAUCUUUGGGGGAAGGGCAUUAUUCUCCCCAUCACAGUGCCCACUGCAGGGGAUCAACAGGAUAGAGAAGGAAUCACAUUGUGUACAGAGAAUUGGAGUAAGAAGAUUUGAAGAUGAUCCCGAUGUGUGCUGUCUGGGAGAGUAGAAGAUAAUGUUUGUAAAGUGAUUAGUGCAGUGAGUACAUCGUAAAUGGUUGCUGCUUCAAAGGCCAGUGGUACAAAUUGCAGAUGUAUAGUAGCUCAGAAGGAGGAGCUUAGUGAAGUGGAAAGGAGUAAAACAACGUAACAUUUUAUCUGGCAAAGGACAGAAUUUGGGAUCUGAGUUCUCACUUCUACAUUAAAUAGGCAGGUGGUUUAAAAGAAAGCACUAAGUUUACCAAGAACUCUGCAUUGUUCCUCUCACUAGUAAAAUAGGGAGAACAGAGAUGAAGGAGAUGAGGAACACCAGAGAAGCAACCUUUUGACCCCUUUCUGCCAUUAUUGCACAAUACAUAGAUUUAGAGAGGGAGGGGAAACUUAUAAAGGAAGCAAGCAAGACAUUUGAAGUUCAGAGGACUAGCUUUUUUUUUUUUAACCCUAGGAACGUAUUGGAGUAGGAAUUCCCUGCUGAAACCAAAACCCAGCCAUCAGAGAUUAUGAGAUUUUUUUUUCAGGCUUUCCCUAUAAUCUUCCUUACAUUUGUCUCUUCAAACACAUUUAAUUCAGCCUUUGAGAAGUUGCUGAUAAGCGAUUAUGGACGGGAAGUUAAAUUAACAAACCCUCCCACCUUGCUGUUGGGCGGUAGCGUCCAAAGCGGUGUGAACCUGAUCCAGAAAGAGCCAGGAAGGGGACAAAGUUUAGUCUGUGAGGAAAUCGGUGGCUGCUGCUAGUUUCAUGCUGUCUGUCCAGACUUCAGCUUGGUGUUUUCGUGGCCCCUCUUGCACUGGACCUCUGUCCUAAGAGUCUUCUGAGUGUCAUCUCUCCACCUUGGUCACACUCAUGGCACAAUGGCCAGCCCUCAGGAGCACCUGAGCUGCUCCUCCUCUCCACACUUAGCCCUGAGUGACAACAAAACCUUCCACGGACACCAAGAUGAGCUCGCAGCUAUGGGGAACCACCCCUCACCCAAGCUCCCUGAGGACCAGCAGGAGAAGGGGGUUGUGCGAACAGAACUCAUCGAGAGCGCGAACAGCCCCGUCACCACCACAGUGUUGACCAGUGUAAGCGAAGAUUCCAGGGACCAGUUUGAGAAUAGUGUUCUUCAGCUGAGGGAACAAGAUGAAUCGGAGACGGCUGUAUCUCAGGGGAACAGCAGCACUGUGGACGGAGAGAACACCAGUGGAACUGAAGACAUCAAGAUUCAGUUCAGCAGGUCAGGCAGCGGCAGUGGUGGGUUUCUUGAAGGACUAUUUGGAUGCUUGAGGCCAGUGUGGAAUAUCAUUGGGAAGGCAUAUUCCACUGAUUACAAAUUGCAGCAGCAAGAUACUUGGGAAGUGCCAUUUGAGGAGAUCUCAGAGCUACAGUGGCUGGGUAGUGGAGCCCAGGGAGCCGUCUUCCUGGGCAAAUUCCGAGCAGAAGAGGUGGCCAUCAAGAAAGUUAGAGAACAGAAUGAGACGGAUAUCAAGCAUUUGAGGAAGUUGAAGCACCCUAACAUCAUCGCCUUCAAGGGUGUGUGCACUCAGGCGCCAUGUUACUGCAUUAUCAUGGAGUACUGUGCUCAUGGACAACUGUACGAGGUCUUGCGAGCUGGCAGGAAGAUCACACCUCGACUGCUAGUAGACUGGUCCACAGGAAUUGCAAGUGGAAUGAAUUAUUUGCAUCUCCAUAAAAUUAUUCAUCGUGAUCUGAAAUCACCUAAUGUCUUAGUGACUCACACAGAUGCAGUGAAAAUUUCAGACUUUGGGACAUCUAAGGAACUCAGUGAUAAGAGCACCAAGAUGUCCUUUGCAGGCACAGUUGCGUGGAUGGCCCCAGAGGUGAUACGGAAUGAGCCCGUCUCAGAAAAGGUCGACAUAUGGUCUUUUGGAGUGGUACUGUGGGAGCUGCUGACAGGAGAGAUCCCCUACAAAGAUGUAGAUUCUUCAGCCAUUAUUUGGGGCGUUGGAAGCAAUAGCCUACACCUUCCAGUUCCUUCCACUUGCCCGGAUGGAUUCAAAAUCCUUAUGAAACAGACAUGGCAGAGUAAACCUCGAAACCGGCCUUCUUUUCGGCAGACACUCAUGCACUUAGACAUCGCGUCUGCAGAUGUUCUUGCCACCCCACAAGAAACUUACUUUAAGUCCCAGGCUGAAUGGAGAGAAGAAGUAAAAAAACAUUUUGAGAAAAUCAAAAGUGAAGGAACUUGCAUCCACCGAUUAGAUGAAGAACUGAUUCGAAGGCGCAGAGAAGAGCUCAGGCAUGCUUUGGAUAUUCGCGAACACUAUGAGAGAAAGCUGGAGCGGGCUAAUAAUUUAUACAUGGAGCUCAGUGCCAUCAUGCUGCAGCUAGAAAUGCGGGAGAAAGAGCUCAUUAAGCGAGAGCAAGCGGUGGAAAAGAAGUAUCCAGGGACCUGCAAACGACACCUUGUCCGCCCAAUAAUCCACCCCAAUGCCAUGGAGAAACUCAUGAAAAGGAAGGGCGUGCCUCACAAAGCCGGAGUGCAGACCAAGCGGCCAGACCUGUUGAGGUCUGAAGGUAUCCCUAGCACAGAGGUGGCUCCCACUGCAUCCCCUUUGUCUGGAAGUCCCAAAAUGUCCUCCUCAAGUAGCAAGAGCAGGUAUCGAAGCAAACCACGCCACCGCCGGGGGAACAGUAGAGGCAGCCAUAGUGACUUUGCAGCCAUAUUGAAAAACCAGCCAGCCCAGGAAACCUCACCCCUGCAUCAAGCUCAACCCCAGUACCAUAGUCCUCUGCAGCAGCAACACCAGCAACCCCCUCCAGCCACGUCUCAGAGUCACCAUCCCAGACUCAGCAUGCACGGACAGGACAUUGCCACCUGCGCCAACAACCUGAGGUAUUUCGGCCCUGCGGCAGCCCUGCGGAGCCCGCUCAGCAACCAUGCUCAGAGACAGAUGCCUGGCUCCAGCCCUGACCUCAUCUCCACAGCCAUGGCAGCUGAUGGCUGCAGAAGCUCGGAGCCUGGCAAGGGCCGGGCUGGCCCCUGGGGCUGCUGCCAGGCUGACCCUUACGACCCCUGCCUCCAGUGCAGGCCGGAACAGUGCGGGGUCUUAGAUGAACACUCUGCCGAGCCAGUGGGGAGGAGCCCUGACCUUUCCAAGUCAGCAGCACACAGUGGGCUCUCAGAACACACCCGCGGCUCUGAGGCAGUGGAAGGAGAGGGCCUCAGGGGCUGCGGGUCCGCAUCAUCCCUUGGUCUCCCUCAUCACGCCAGCCCUCCCACGCUACCUCGGAAACCAAGGCCCCUUCAGAAGAGUGGGGAUGACUCUUCAGAAGAAGAAGGGGAAGUGGAUAGUGAAGUUGAAUUUCCACGAAGACAGAGGCCGCCUCGCUGCAUUAGCAGCUGCCAGUCGUAUUCGACCUUCAGCUCGGAGAACGUCUCUGUGUCCGACGGAGAGGAGGGAAACACUAGCGACCACUCAAACAGCCCCGAUGAGUCAGCCGAGAAGGUCGAGGGCCGCCUGGCGGAGAAGCUGGACGAGCUGCUGUCGCAGACGCCGGACAUCCCCAUCGACAUCUCCUCGCACUCGGACGGGCUGUCGGACAAGGAGUGCGCCGUGCGCCGCGUGAAGACGCAGAUGUCCCUGGGCAGGCUGUGCGCGGAGGAGCGCGGCUACGAGAACCCCAUGCAGUUUGAAGAAUCAGACUGUGACUCUUCGGGCGGGGAGUGCUCCGAUGCCACCGUGAGGACCAAUAAACACUACAGCUCUGCCACCUGGUGAGGAUGGAGUGCCCGUCCUGACCCAGCCAUGGCACAGCGGCAUUUCAGAUUCCCCGCUCUUCCCACUCGCUCCCUUCUUUGUUUGGAAGGAGAGCUGCCCCAUCCCACCCCUAGAAAUGAGCUGCAAUAACAGGCACAGGAGACUUCACCAAUCUCUGGAAAAAAAAAUAUCCAAAUGAAAUUAAGUCUCACUGAACAUUUCAAUCAAGAAUGGCAGGGAUCUAUUUUACUGAAUAUUCUAGCUACUGUAACAUUGAUAUUUAUUUUUCUUGGACAUUUUAACACUUUGUACUGUAAAGAGUGAACUAUAUAUGAUAGAGACACAUAAUUUCUUGCAAAAAAAAAAAAAAAAGGAAAGGAAAGGAAAGAAGUGAACUUUAGGAGCAACAUCCUUGGGAAUUUGUGGGGCUGGGAGGUAUUACUGCUGCUUGAACAGGGGACCAGGUCUUUUGGCUAUACGUGACUGAGGAAGAACCAGAGCAAGACAUAUAGAGCAUUUCAGAAUACAAAGAACACAGAGGAAAAAGCAACUCCAGGUAACUUGUGAACAGAUACAUUAAGUUCAACCAGCUCGUCCAGGUGGGUGAUGGGAAUGACCUAGAAAAGUUUGGUGACCAGACACUCACACUGGAGGUCUCUGAUGGCUGUGCUUCCUCUAAGAGGAAAACCCAACAAAACUGAACAUGGGGAAGCUGCUUCCAUGUUUUAACUUUCAGCAGCAUUUGGCAGUGAGGCUUACAAGCUAGUGUCACACCUUGUCCCUGGCAAAUACUUCCCUUUUUAAUGCUGUCAUUGUCGCUACCUUGACAAAUGUGUUACUUUGACCAAUGUGUUGAUCUUUCAGAUUCAAGUGCCAUUUUCCUGCGGUGGCUUUUCCCUUUCCAGCUGUUGACCACUUUCUUUGGGAAGGGGUUGGGGUGGAAGGGGUUGCUGAGGAGGAGAAAAGGACAAAAGAAAAGGAACAUCUGCAAUAAUAUUAGGAAAACAAGUGUGGAAUUUGUAAAAGUACAUACUCAGGAUGCUCAGUUCAGCUGUGUAGAGAAAAUGGAAGCCCCUCUCUAGAAAGUUUCCUUGUCUGCUAGAAUCAUAUUGAUUCAAACAGAACAGAAUUUGAAGGCAUCAAGGAUAUGUGUGUAUGUGCAUGUCCAAUGUCCAAUACCCAAACGUCCCCUGGUUUUUAUUAACUCAUUCUCUCCUUGAAGCUUUAGUGACAGGCUAUCACCAUUGGAAUAAAGGCAAAGCAAGCACCUUGCAAAAGGCAACCCCUCUCACCCCAUAAUAGCAUUUUGGUUCAUUGCUACUUGUAAAAUAUAUUUUACUUCACUCUGAAUCAGUGCAGUUUUUAUUAAUUGGACUUGGAAAUUGGUGAAGAGAAGAGUUGAUGCCGAGCAGGGAAUUGGAAAGAUUUUCCAUGUCAAAGGCAUGAGCCCUUCCUGUCCCAAAGGUCACGGGCUCUGAAAAGCACCCCAAGGGAAUUCCUGGUGCCUUGGCUUUAAGGAACAUUUGAUUUAGAAUUUUACAAAGAGAUGUUGACCUAAUUCUUGUCUCUGUCUCCAAGAUCAAACAACCUCUCUACGCUUGCUAGAAUUUCUGACCCUGCCUCCUGUAGGAUGUUAGGAAAGGCUUGCACAUACAGAUAUUAAAGCAUUUCCAGGGGGAUGAAAACGGGCCCCCUCUGCUGGGUUUCACUGACUGCAUCAGCCAAAAAGGAAAGGCAGGAGGGAAUUUAGAGCAGUUCCUUUUGUUUGUUUGAUCCCUCCAUUUGUUUACACUUUAUGUUGAGAUAUUGAUUUAGAAUGCAGUGUCUAUAAUUUAUAGCUCAUAGGUAGGAUGAAGGAAAAUGUUUAACUUAUACAGAGAACAGUAUUGUUUGCAUUAAAUUAUUCCAUUUUGUAUAACUUCUGUAGCUGGACUACAUGAAAGAGCUUAAGUUAUGGAGUUAUUAUCAUUGUUAUUUUAUUUUGUAUUAUCAUUCUCAUUUUCUGUCGAUCAGAAGGUGUGGUUUACAAUGUAGCGCAAUAACAGUGUUUAUUGCUAGACGGAUUAUUAUGUAUUUUAUGAUUUGAAUGAAGGCAUGAAUAUGGAACUGCCUUUCGGGAGCUCCCUGGUCUCCAUCUUAGCUGUGUUCCCUGAUUUCCUGUGUACAGUAACAAUCAUCUGAGGGUGCAUGCUCUGCCCUGAAGUCCCAAGGUUACACUGGGAUUCUGGCUUGACCAUGAAAGUGCCUGGGUGGGUAGAUGACGGAGCAGAUGGAUAAAUAAUUUAGAAGCUGUAAACUUUCCCAAAUUUCAUGAGAAAUAAAAUCAUGGGAUGACAUUAGAAACAAAAAGAGAAUUAUUUAAUACUCUGAGAGGAACAGACCUAGAGUUUCUACAAGGGGCUUGUGGAUUAGCUUCAAACCUUGUCACCAGUAGUGUGUAAUCUCCUUACUGCCAGACUGCACAACACCAACCUUUUCCCCCUGAGUGGGAGGAGCAGGAAGACUUUAAAAA